UGCUUUCAUGUGUCACGUGUACAGCCUCAUUUCCAAGGCCCUCGUCCUGGUCGGUGCUCUGUGCCCUCUCCCCAAAACACCUCGACAGCAAGAUGAUGUCCUGCAGUGCCGGCCUGGCGCCGGUGCCCAUUGUGCAUUUCAACGUCCAGCCAGACUUUGAUACUGACUUUCGAGACGUGCUCUCGGCUGGCGCCGGCACUCCCAAAUCUGCCCAAUUUUGGUUCUCGGCAUACAGACUGGAUCAAGCCGGAGGCUCGCUUCACUCCAAGAUCCGGGUCUCCGCCGAUCCCCAGGACGCACAGCGACUUGUUCUCGAGAACGACCACUCUUUGCAUGUCAAGUAUGUGAGCGAGCGAGCCUUCGCUGCAACACAUCCUGAUGGUCCGGAAACCGUCAUCGAGGCUCCUCAGCAUGUCUACACGCCAUUCGACGGCCAGCCUAUUCUCUCUGUUUCCGAGUCGCCUGAUGGAGCCUAUCAUGCCAUUGGCGGCCGCAACGGCGUCUUGAAGCUUUAUAGCUCUGAUGGGACCUACAAGCUCGAUCUCGAGGGCCAUGUGGGUGAUGUGUGCUCGGUACGAUUCUUUCCCUCGUCCAAAGUUAUUCUCAGCGGCUCGAUGGACUCGCGGCUCAAGAUCUGGGGCCUCGACGGAAGCAAUCCAGUGACCUUGGCUGGCCAUGGAGGCGGAGUCUUGGACACAGCCAUAAUCGACCGCGGACGAAACGUUCUGUCCUGCAGCCGAGAUGGGACUGUCAAACUUUGGGAGUGUGCCUCGGCUUCUGCGAUCACGACUCUCUCCCCGGAGGCCGACUCGAUCAAUGCGAUUUCUCUCGGAGACGGCGGAAAUGUGUCUGGUGAAGCUGGACUGAAUGCUGACCCGAGAGAAGUCGCAACCAUCGGCAAGCUCGUUUACAUGGCAACCGAUAACGGGUCGAUUGUGGGCUACGACUUGGGCAGCAAAUCAAAAAUAUGCCAUGUCCGCUCGUCGUGCGGUGCUGGCCUGAGCUCCUGUGACUACAGCGCCGACAGCAACAUCGUGGCAACUGGAUCGGCGAGUGGAUGGAUCGAAGCCUACGAUGUGCGAAACAUGGGCACGCCGAUCUUGGUGCUGCAACGUAAUCAAGCCUCUGUUCUUGGACUGAGAAUCUUGCCAUCUCAUACCACCGAUGCCAUACGACUGCUGUUCUCGACGGCGGAAGGCUCGCUCGCUGAGGUAUCUGCUUCAUGCAGUCGUGACUCUGCAGAUGCCCCGGUCAGAGUACACGUUGCCAAAGAGUACGCUGGCAUCGAUAUCGAGCCGCUGUAUAGCCUCGAUGUGAAUUGCAGCAGCGCCGGCUGCCGGGUGAUCUCAGGCGGACGCGAAGGCGUCCUGCGCAUGUGGUCGUGAAAUGCCACUCCGCACGGCGAGCAUUAGUUCGGCCUGAGAGCGAGCACAGAAACGCCGCGCCCAACUCUCUGCGUCCGCCGAGUAUCAGGACAGGCGCGCUGUUGGCUCUCCGCAGCUACUUGAGAAAGAGAUCGCUUUGAGGUACCGGGCCCAGUAUCAACAUCAGAAGGCCUUCCACAAACAAAGACAUCCGUCAGCUUUGCAAUACAUUGAGCAUGGCUCUUUGGAUCUACAUCCGUGGCUCUUGGUGCUCUUCGCACGCUGAAUAUGAAGUUCACCGCG